AUGGACAACACUCAGAGCAGAAACGCCGCCGCCGCCGCCGCCUCCACCGCAGCCUCCAUUGCCCCCAACCAAGGCUCUAUCACCUCCGGCUUCAAGAGUAGGGUCAUGCCCAUGGAAGAGAGGUUGACGGCUGCGAAAGUCAACCUUCGAGACUUCCUUAAAGACCUCGACCUUGAAGUUUGUGGCGGCGGCAAGGGCAUCGGGACAUGUGCGAGCCAGCGGGGUCGAGUCGAGUGUGCAAAGAAUGUCAUCGCUCAAGUCGAUGCAGCCCUCACCUCCAGCACCGGCGUUGUGGCGAUGCACAAGAGGACAUCCCGCCUCGACCCGAAAGACCUCUUGGGCAUCGGAAAGCAAUUUGCGAAUUAA